AUGAUUGGUGUUCCGGUAAAUCCUAAUUCAGUUUAUAUACCAAUAGUUCAAAUAAUAUAUAAGCUGGAUGUUGUUAAUCAGAAUUUGAUUCAACAUAUGCAAUACAUUUUAAUGGUAUUAUUAAUCAAGAUGAUUUUUCGACAAUCAACUAAUAACAUAAAUCAUCGAAUAUCUUCAAAUAAAAUUUUAAUAAUUCUUGCUAUUGCUUAUGGUUUGAUCAUAGUCGCUGGAAUUGUCUUUUUUAUUGUUAGUGGAAUAACAAAUAUUAAUUCGGAUAGACAUGGAUUUCCUAUAUUAGUAGGAAUAGUUAUUGCUUUGACUAUAAUUGGAUCAAUAGUUUUUGGUAGUGGAUGUUGUCUUAUACAAUCAAGAUGUGUUGCACGACUACGGCAAGCCAUUGCUACAGAAUCAAUACAAUAUUCAUCAAAAUCACCAAUAGCAUGUAGCUGGAGAUUAGAUAUUUCAAGAACAUGGUUCGGAACAUAUGGAUGUCAUCAUUAUAACAAUCAACUUGUUUAUCAUAUACUAAAAUAUCUUGGUUUACUUGCUAUGUCGAAAAUCUUACGUACACAGUCAAAAAGUGUUCAAGUAACAAGAGAAGCUCUAAUAGAUAUCGCACAUAAAUUAAUGAUUCAUAUGGAUAAAUCUGAACGAUCACUUUAUCGAGAUGAAUUACUUUCAAAAAUAAUUGAAAUAUGUAGUCAAACUGAUUAUCAACAUAUAACUAAUUUUGAAUGUAUAUUGGUUGAAUUAACUCGUCUUGAAAGUACAAAACAUGAUAAUCUCAUAUCUUUACAAAUGCUUGAUGUUGUUGCAAUUCUUCCUGAAAAUGAUUAUGUUCUUAUUCAUGAUUCAAAUUCUACAACUGUCUCCGAAGUUUUAUAUACUACUGCAUGGAUUUGUAGUGGAUUUUGUUCUUCAAAGUUUUUGGAUUUGGAUGGUUGGAUAAAUGAUCCUCAAUUAGACAGCGAAGAUGAAUCGAUAACAACAAGUUCAUAUUAUGAUAAUAAAGGUUUAUUUUAUGAUGAUAAUGGAGAAAAUUCUAAUUCUAAUUCAUACUCUGGCGAUACAUUAAAUUAUCAAAAAUCGAAAAAAUAUAUUGAACCAACUGCUGAAGAAUUAGAAAAACAACGAGAAUAA